AUGAGUGGGACUAAUCAGCUUAGUCUAAUGAAAUUAGUGGCUGAAAAGGCCGUCGAUACUUAUGUUAAAAGUAAUUCAAUCAUCGCACUGGGAACUGGAAGGACCAGCACGUUUUCCCUUGAAAGACUAGCUGAACGUAUUAAAACAAAGGCAAUAACUAACGUUUUUGGUAUUCCAACGAGUCAAAGUACUCAUCUUAAAGCCGAGGAACUUGAAAUACCUUUGUUAACUUUGGAUGAUUUGAUUUCUACUGGACGUAAAAUAAACAUUGCAAUUGAUGGAGCAGAUUCCGUUGACUCGAAUUUGAACCUUAUCAAAGGAGGUGGUGGAGCUUUAUUCACAGAAUUCAUGGUUGAACAAUUUUCAGAUCAACUCAUCAUUAUGAUAGAUGAGUCAAAAUUGUGUAAUGGGCACUUGUUAGAAUCACAUUAUUUGCCAAUUGAAAUAGUCAAAGGCUGUCAUUUAACCACCUGCAACCAAAUUUAUUCAAAGUUUAAAUCUCAAAUCGUUAAUUGGAACGUAAGGAAAAAUUCAGAUGGGUCACUCUUCUUAACUGAUAAUGGCAAUCUUAUAAUUAUUCAAUUAUUUGUACUAAUUAAUUUAAUGUGUAAAUUAAUUUAUCAUCAGAUACAUGGAGUAGUUUGUUCAGGGCUCUUUUUAAAUAUGGCCACCAAAUGCCUUGUAGCAAAAUCCGAUAACACCAUCGUAACACUUGAACGCUAA